AUGAAGGUACGGUUUGCCACACAAGUGUUCAGUCAACGGGUAUCUGCAGUUAUGAACUUUCUUGCUUCUAAAACUAUCAUUGAUCCACAAGCAUCUGACACGGCAGCUGCCUUUUUAUUUUUUGAUAAGCUGUUCGAUUCCUUAAAUGGCUCAUUUGAUAAACCAGUGGACGGCAAGAUAUAUAGAACAUCUGUGAAACAAAAUUCCGUUCAUCAUAAACUUUGGCAAGAUAGUUUGAAAAUAUUAUCAAAGAUGCAAUUUAUUGGAAAGAAUGGAAAAGCAGUUAGAGUACCAACACUUAAAAAUUGGUCAACAAUAAUAAGAGGUUUUCAAACAUUGUCGAAAAUUCUUUCGAAGAAAGGAAUAAAAUCGUUACUCCCCAGGCAUCUGAACCAAGAUUCGUUGGAAUGUUUCUUUGGUGCUGCAAAAAGUGUUGGGUGUUCAAAACCGACUUGCAGUCUAUUUAUUUCAUCAUAUAAAACUUUACUUCUCUACAAUUUGGUGUCCUCACAUUCUCCAGGAGCAAACUGCGAAGAUUUCAACGAAGACAGUCUGAUGAGUUAUAAAAAUGUAUUUUCAUUUCAACAAGAACAUCCUAAACCAACUUUCACAUCAUUUAACUUCCCAGAAAAACAAGUAGCUGAAUCGACUAAUACUACUAAAGAUUUAAGAGAUUUGACGCGUACCUACAUUGCUGGAUAUAUAAUCAGAAAACUUAACAAAUGUGUUUUUAAAAACUGUGACACUUGCUUACAACAACUAUGUAGUGAUAAAGCUCUUGAUGAAAAUGCAUUAAUUGGAGCAGUAAUGACGGUCCAACAAUUUAACAAAGGAGUGGCUUAUCUAUUUUAUAUACUUAUCUCUGAUAGUAACCUAUUAGGUACGCGUUAUAAUAUCUGUGGUUAUGACAAAUUAUUUCUUUUGUCAUCGGACGCGUUUAAUUGUAUGUAA